ACCCCUAAACCUCCAACAUGGCCGCCCUGCUGCCAGCCUCCUGUAGCGCAGGUGUGUUAGCAGCGCAGCUAGCUGCUCCGUGAUGACAGCUACCGGAAGUGGCAGCGGAGGAAGAGGAGGAGGAAGAGCAGGAGGGGGCGGAGUCUGUUUGUUGACAUCGGGACGAAAGCGAAAAUCAGAUGAUUGAGGACUGAAGACAGCUUCACCGAGCCCGUCACCAGGACACGAAGCCCAGGUCCUCUGUUCUGACCUGAGCCGGCAGCAGCAGCAGCGCGGGGCGAACAUGGCGGCCAAAGCGGGCGACGACCCGGACAGCCUCAUGACGCUGGCCACCGUGUUCUGCCUGAGGAACCUGAGGAAGACCAUGUGCUACCAGGGCUUCAGGAACAAGCUCUGCAUGCGCGCCGACAUCUUCCUGCCCAGCGAAAUCUGCGACAAACUCGUCAACACGUACAUGGAGCUGGUCCACACCGACAGCAACUUUGAGCCGGAGGAGAGCUUCUUCCAGCUGUUCUCGGACCCGCGCAGCACCAGGCUGACCCGGGUCCAGCUGAGGGAGGACUUCGUCCGGGACCGGGACCUGGAGGCCAUCAGGAAGCAGGACCUCAUCGAGCUCCACCUCACCUACUGCAACAGCCUGUCGUCCCGCAGCCUGAAGACCCUGUCCAGCUUCCGGGAGACGCUGGUGUCCCUCUGCCUGUUCGGCUGCAGUAACAUCUUCUACAGGAAGGGCGGCGCCCCGCUGGCCUGCACCGAGGACUCCGAGGACGAGGACGAGGACGUGCCGACGGCCCGGCAGGCCCUGGAGACGGACUUCAGCUUCCAGGGCUUCAACCGGCUGCGGCUGCUGAACCUGGGCCAGCUGCCGGACGACGUGGAGGCGGAGCCUCUGCUGCGGCCGCUGCGCUCCGUCACGGCGCUGGACCUGUCCAACGUCCGCCUGCAGGGGGCGGCCUUCCUCACGCAGUGGAGGGAGCGGCUGGCCUCGCUCGUCCUCUACAACGUGGACCUGUCGGAGGAAGUGGUCGGCACCGUGCUGGAGCUGGUCAACCUCAGACAUCUGGACCUGUCCCGGGAGAGCAGGCGGAACGUGAAGUUCAAGAUGACCCGGAAGAUCCUGACGGUUCUGGUGCAGCGGCUGCUCCACCUCGUCUCCCUGGACAUCUCGGGCCACAUCAUGCUGGACAACUGCACCGUGCCGCACUUCGAGGAGGCCGUGGGCCGGCCCAGCACCGAGCCGUGUAAGAGCAGCAUCUACCCGCUGCAGGAGCUGAAGAGGCCGCUGCAGUUCCUGGGCCUCUACGACACGACGCUCUGCAGCGUCACACACAUCCCGGCCUACAAGGUGACCGGGUCAAAGAACGAGGAUCAGGUUCUGAACGCCAUCGAGGCCUACACCGAGUUUCGCCCGGAGCUCGCGCACAAAGCCAUCAACCAGCUGUUCGACAUCGCCCGGAUACAGCACUGCAGCCAGCUGCUGCGGGCGCUGCAGCUGGUGAUCGCCGCCCUGAAGUGCCAUAAGUACGACAAGAGCAUCCAGGUGACGGGCAGCGCGGCGCUCUUCUACCUGACCAACACCGAGUACCGCGGCGACCAGAGCGUCCGCCUGCGCCGCGACGUCAUCCAGGUGGUUCUGAACGGGAUGGAGCAGUACCAGGAGGUCACCGUAAGUCAGGGGCGGGGCCUCAGCCAGGGGGUGGGGCAUGAGUCAGGGGCGGGACCAGAGACGAGUGCAGGGCCUCAGCCAGGGUGUGUGUGUGUGCAGUGCGACCAGGUGAUGGAGUUCUCCUGGAGCGCGCUCUGGAACAUCACCGAUGAGACGCCUGAUAACUGCCAGAUGUUCCUGAACUGCCGCGGCAUGAGCCUCUUCCUGGAGUGUCUGGAGGAGUUUCCAGACAAGCAGGAGCUCCACCGCAACAUGCUGGGGCUUCUGGGUAACGUGGCGGAGGUGAAGUCUCUACGGCCGCAGCUGCUCACGCCUCAGUUCAUCACCGUGUUCAGCAACCUGCUGGAGAGCAAGGCGGACGGCAUCGAGGUCUCCUACAACGCCUGCGGCGUUCUGUCUCACAUCAUGUUCGACGGGCCCCAGGUGUGGAGCAUGGAGGAGCCGCGGCGCGACGCCGUCAUGGACAGGAUGUGGGACGCCAUCCAGAGCUGGGACGUCAGCUCCCGCCGCAACAUCAACUACAGGUCGUUCGAGCCGAUCCUGCGGCUGCUUCCUCAGAGCAUCGCCCCCGUCAGCCAGCACUGGGCCACCUGGGCGCUCUACAACCUGGUGUCGGUUUACCCCAGUAAAUACUGUCCGCUGCUGAUUAAGGAAGGCGGCGUUGGUCUUUUGGAGAAAGUCCUUGAGCUGGACAGUUCCCAGCCGGAGACCAAGGAGAUGGCGAGGAAGGUGAUGGAGCAGUGUGAGAACUUCAAGGAGGAUCCGAUGGAGACCAACAACGGCCAGGAGGCCAACUACGGCCAGAGAGGCUGAUUCAGAACCAGAACCAGAACUCCCAGUCUGCAGCGGGUCCAGAACCGGCUGGUUUCUGCUUCUUUUACCGUUUCCUCUUGUUUCCUAGAGCAGAGCGAGUUCUGAACCCGAACAUUGGAGCCGCCAUGUUGGGUCGGGAGGGCUGUGUGUGUGUGUGUGUGUGUGUGUGUGUGUGUGUGUGUGUGUGUGUGGAGGAGUAGCACAGAUCUCCAGUUCUCAGAUGGGACUGGUGUUUCCUCCUGUGUUGGCGCCUGCGGCCCGGUCCGGUCCGGUCCGGCGCUGGACUCGUUGUUAAAUAUGUAAAUAUUCAGUGUGGGUUUCUUCUUUUACUGUGUGGAUGUUUUAUAAACGGCUGUAAACACUCAUGAUUCACAAUAUUUAAACGGAAACGACCUGCUGUCAUCCACACCAGCAGCCCUGGACAGAACCGGAACCAGUUAGCACAACCAGAACCGGAACCAGGUAAACAAAUGGAACUAGUUAGAGGACUGUGAACCAGUUAACUCUCCAGUUCAGCGACCUUGGACCAGUUGAACGACCUUGGACCAGUUGAACGACCUUGGACCAGUUGAGCGACCUUGGACC